AUGAGUUCGAACAGUUCAGAUAACCAUCAUGUUUAUGCACAGAAGAGACUUCCUGAGUCAUAUGGUAGUGGUCGUUCAAAUAAAAGAAUUAGAUCACUUUUUAAUGGAGACUUAAAGAUCAAAACCAUCAAAACAGUGCAAUCGACUCAAUCUGUUUAUGAUUACGACGAUAUGAAUUCAAUUUCAAAUCUGAUCAAGAUCUAUGACCAAUAUUUUGGGUGCGAUCAAGGCUCCACCGAAAUCAGAUCGGUAUGUGUUCAAUUCUUUGUAGAAUAUCACAAUUCCUCCAAGUAUGUUCACUUUAUCGAUACCAAUGGUUAUGCCAAAUUCAUUGCCGAUGUAUUCUUUGAACAAACUGAUGAGGUAUUCAGUCCAAUACUUAAGUUGGUACCUGUUACCUAUACUUCAGUUAUAAUGGAUAUAUUUAAUAGAAUUGUUAAUGAUAAUAGGAUUAAUGAAUGGUUUAAGAAAUGGAAUGAAUCAGAUGUUAAAAGAUUGAAACAAAGGAUAUCAAGCUUCAGUGAUUGUUUUGACUACAAUCGUUUAGAGCCAAUUGGUUUGUUUACAUACGAUUAUCUUUAUGAUAUCAUUUACAAUGAAAAUGUUUUAGAGAAACAAAAGUUCAUUAAGUCAUAUAAUGAUAGAAGAAGACCGAUUCAUUCUAAAGAAGUCAAAGAGAAGAAGAAAAAAGAGUUACCAGCAAAACAAAUUAUCCUUUCAGAGUCACUAUUGGUUCAGAUCAUUACACUUUCUCUACCACAUGAUGUAGAUGAUCGUCUAUAUUAUUAUCACAAAUACAGUAAAUACGUAUUUUACUCAGAACACUUCCCAAACUUGGUUGAUAAAGAGCAACUCUUCAGUCUUGCAAUGGUGUCAAAACAAUUCUUUAAAAUAAUUUCAAAGAUUAUAGACAACAAACAUUUUGAUUGGUGUGGAAACCUCGAUCUUAACAAUAAUGACAGUCAAUACAAAUUGGUCAAGUCUCCACCAUUGCUAUUCGAAUAUGCAUCAAUCAAAUACAUUCCCUAUGAUCAAGGUAUCGAAUAUGCAAACCGAUUGAUGUCAAGAGUUGAAGUUUUCGCCUUGGAAACUGAUGAAUACGAUCACAACUCCAUUAGCUCUUUAUCAAGAAACGACCUUCAGGACAUCGAAGAAUAUGAACCAAUCGAUGUGGAUCAAACCUAUUGUGAAGCAAUCGCAAAGGAUGGAUAUUUAGUAUACCCUCCGAUAAUGCCAAAUCUAAAGGAAAUCAUUGUCUCUAAAUACUAUGGAUAUAAGACUAGCUAUAGUAAGCUUCUUGGUCAUAUCAUUAUGAGUACACCCAACGGUGAUGGACAUGGCAUUGAAAGAUUCACCAUUGAUAUUGUCAAAGAUUAUUACGACCAUCCACUACAAAACAAUAUCGAAUUCCUACGACCACUUUUACAGUUUCACUCAAAGACAUUGAAAUCAAUUAAAGUGUCUUAUAGAGACUUUCAACCAGAAGACUAUGAAACUUUUUUAAAUCAAUAUCAACAACCAUCUGAAGAUGAUGAAGAUGUAGAUGAAGAAGAUGAUGAAGAUGAUGAAGAUGAUGAAGAUGAUGAUGAAGAAGAUGAAGAAGAUGAAGAAGAAGAAGAUGAAGAUGAUGAAGAUGAUGAAGAUAAAGAAGAUGAUGAAGAAGAUAAUGAAUAA